AUGUCCCUGAAACAUACUGACAAUGAAUCCAAACCUAAUCAUUUACGGGAAACGGCCCUAAUCAGCUUUUUCCUCGGAGGUUGCGCCGUCAUUAGCCUCUUUCUGAUUUUCCACGCUUGGUUUCUUUCCUAUAGCGUGAUAGAGUUUGCCUUUGGAAUGCAUAUUCUGCUGUUCCAUGUUGUCUUUCACAUGACCGAGUUUUUAGUUGCGUCUUCGAUAUUUCAACACAACGCACAUCCUUCUGCCUUUAUGAUCUUUCAUUCCCAGGAAUUUAUAUUAGCGUGUAGCUCCGCGUUGUUAGAGUUUUGGGUGGAGUCAUUCCUUAUUCCCGACAAUCUGAAACUUUUCGGGGUGGCAUCUCCGAGCACAGCCCUCAGCAAGACAUUGUAUUUUUGUUUUCGACUCAGUUUUCCGAGUGUACUGGUAUUUGAGUUAUUAGCCGUUUUUUUUUAUGCGAUUCGCGUGGCAGCCAUGCUUAAUUGCGGCUCUAAUUUUUCCCUUAUGAUUGAAUAUGAAAAGCGUAGCACACAUAUUCUUGUGGACACUGGCAUGUAUGCAUACUUUAGGCACCCCGCAUACUUCGGAUGGUUUUGGCGUGUCUUUUUUUCACAGCUUGCAAUUGCUAAUCCAAUUUCUUUUAUUCUUCACACAGUUGUCACGUGGCGCUUCUUCCAAUUGCGCAUUCCUUACGAAGAGUGCAUCCUGGAGAGGGAAGAUUUUUUCGGCGAGAUGUAUGCAAAGUAUAAAAAGCGGACUUUUAUUGGUAUUCCUUUUAUUAACACCUGAAGCCGUCCAAUUUCCAAAUAAAUGUCUUUCCUUUUAUUGAUAGUUUUGACACUUCUUCCUCUUUGAUCAAUAGUAAUAAGUGCAGACCGCUCCUAUUGAUGUCUACUUGAUUAUGGAAUCAUUAAUAAUUGAAAUUUACCAAUACGUGCAUGCAUACAUGCAUAUAUAUAUGCAUAUAUGUUUAUAUGUGUAUAGGUAUGUGUAUAUUAUUAUUAUUGUUACUUUUAUUAUGUUAGCUGCUUCUGCGUGGAAAUAAAAGUGAAAUAUUGUCUUGUACUUUUAUUACAUGUAUACCAUGAUUACUUAUGCGUUAUUGUGGAUUAGUUAUCUAAUUCGGUUAUACCUAUAGUAGUCUUACAAAAUCCUAAGGGCUACUAUACACAUGGGUAGUGGGAAGAAAUCGUUUUCAGUUUUAUUUUACAGAUAUUUCCUAAUAUAGUGCUUUUGUUGUACAUCAACUUCACUCAUUUUUCUCUUAAUGAUGUAGACAAGGAAUUAAGUCAAUCGCACUUGCAUUUUCUGUAUCUAAAUACAAGGCAAAUUUGCGAUGAAUUUCUUAUCACACUGCACAUGAUGAUUUGGGUUUUAAAUCUUCGUCCUUGGGCAAGGCUCAAAUUAAGGUGCAGCGAGGUAGAUCUUCUGCCUAAGUCGGAUCACACAGAAAAGCAUUAAAGGUUCUUUUAUAGACUAUUUGGCUUAGAAAAAGAGCUCAAGGCUGGUGUUUUUCUAAAAUAGAGUUAUAUAUCUUAUACGCACGGCAAUGCCAACGUGUGAAUUCCUAUUUUUAUGCCUGGAUUCAAAGACUAAAUUUGCCGAGUUGAGGUCUAAUAAGAAGCCCAUCAACCAUGGAGAUGACAAAUGGGCCAUAACUCGCAUUUCCAUUGCCGACAAAUACAAUGUUCUGCUCUUAACCAAAGGUAAAUUCUGCGGGAUUCCAUGAAACAAGUGAAGGAGUAAGGGAUGUUGUGUAUAGGCUCCUUUUUCAUUCCUAUUAACGCUUGCAGCACUAUUACAAAUAUAAAAAGAAUAUAUUGCUAUAUUAUAUCAUCCUACUCAAAGAUUAUGAGCAGAGAAAAUAGCCCUCUCUAAUUUCUGUCAUGGUAUCAAUUUCCCUUUAUAAAAAAGAAUCAUAUGUUUGUAUCCAUUCUAUAUAUAUAUAUAUAUCAAUGUGAUUCGUUUAAUUCAGAAGUGUAUACGAUGCUUUCAAGGAAUGUGAUGUUAGUGUCUGUACUUACAACUACAU